AUGAAAUUCGAUAAUCUCUGCGGACAUACAGAUGGAAUCAACUGUCUAACAUAUUGGAAUACCGUCGCAGCAUCAGGAAGUGAUGACCAUACGGUGAGGCUUUGGGACUUGAAGAAUAAGAGCUCCAUUGCUGUUCUUGAUGGAUUCUUUGAAAAGAGAAUCACUGCGUUGUGUCACAAUCCGCGUAUGACAAGACAAUUAUUUGUGGCAUGCGGGAACAAGAUUUUAGAGUUUGACGUGCGCAAUACUUCAGGAGUCGUCAGUGUUAUGGAAUCCGAGUCAGACAGUGUGUCCACAGUUAUUAACGACAUGUGCAUAGAUCCAGAAGGAUACAUCUUAGGGUCGUGCAACAGUGCUGGGAACAUCGACAUAUACAAUGUUUAUACACGAGAGACAAAGCGAAUCAUGAAUCUCGAUCGCACUGUGAGCACUUUGUCCUUUUACCGCCAAGGCAAAAACGUUUCCCUGUUCGCUACGGGAGAUCUGACCACCGUCUAUAACUACUCGAUGACCGGCGAGCUGCUUCACCAAUCGACACUCCCCGUUCUACCUGACAUCGAAGCCAGCGACAUCGAGACGCCUGUCGUGAAGGACAUCUGCAUGAAUUAUGAUGGUAGGCGUGAUCGAAGCGUCCGAUGCAGAUUCCAUGCUGUACGUUGGCUGCCAAGAUGGAUCUCUCCGUUGCAUUAA